AUGGCUAUGUAUGGAGAUGAGUCACUCGACAACUACCUUUAUUCAUCCUACAAUCCUUAUUCAUCUUACAACCCUUACUCUUACAGGUGUCCAAAGCUUAAGAGCUGGCGACAAAAGAAUUAUCUAGUCAGUUAUGGCGACGGGGAGACUUACUUUGAUAACUAUCAUCGGGCGCAGCUGAAAUCCAUCCUUUCACAGAUCAACCCGAAUCUAACACCCAGACUACGGAAGGCCAACACCAAGGAUGUCGGUGUCCAAGUGAACCCUAAGACUGACGCCUCCGUCCAGUGCUCCCUUGGACCGAGGACUCUUUUGGCCCGAAAGCGUGACGCCCUGCGGAAGAGAAGGCAGGAGGUUCAGACACCCGGGAGUCCCGUCAGUGGUAGUGUGCGGUAUCCGCGUACGUUGGCUGUGUACUCUCCUAUUGCGUCCAGGCGACUUGCUUCUUUCCUCGAGGAAGACAAAGGCGCAUCGGACCGUGCGUCGGGCGAUAAACCUGAUACUGUGGAGAAGGGAAAGGACGACGCAGGGGAGGCAUCGUUAGAGGACCAAAGCGCAAGUAAAACGAAAGAAAAGCUUAGUUCGGAGAGGGAUGUCGAUAAAAAGGACCAGUCUAGUACAACUGACGAGAAAAAAGACGAGAUUGCGAAAAAUGACCGAAGCGACUCAAAAUCGAAGGCUCAAAUAAAAUUCCAGUUCCUGGAGCAAAAGUAUGGGUAUUACCACUGCCGUGAUUGCAAUCUGCGGUGGGAGAGCGCUUAUGUAUGGUGUGUACAGGGAACAAACAAGGUGUAUUUCAAACAGUUUUGCAGAACGUGUCAGAAAGCAUUCAACCCAUAUCGUGUGGAGGACAUUACCUGCCAGACCUGCAGAAAAGCUCGCUGCACGUGCCCGGUGACCUCACGCCAUGUGGACCCUAAACGGCCUCACCGUCAAGAUUUGUGCGGGCGCUGCAAAGGCAAACGGCUUUCAUGCGACAGCACGUUUAGCUUUAAGUAUAUCAUAUAG